AUGAUGACUGAUGAGCUUGUUCUUCGUCGACUACUGGAAUUACCAUAUGAAUUAACAUAUAUAUGUUGUAGAAAAUUAAAAGAUGAAAUAUUUGCCGGUAGUACGAUAGGAACUUUAAUGAUUUUUGCAAGAAUUAAAAACGGUGAAAGAGGAUACGAGUCAAAAGAAUAUGUAAAAGCAAUAGAUGAAAAAAGACAACCAAUAUUAAAAUUAUGUAUAUCAGAAGAAUGUAAAAUAGUUGUUAUAUUAUAUGAAAACCAAAUAGUUGUACGAGAUUUAGAUGAUUGUAGUAUAAUUUACUGUCAAAUUAAGAAAUUUAAAAAAUUAACAGCAAUGGAUUGUUACUAUGAUAAUGAUAAGGGGAAAUUGUGUUUGAGUGUUGGAGAUGAUAAAAUGAUAAAAUUUUUUGAGUGGACUAAUAAUACUUUUACAUAUAUGAAUGUAAAUUUAAAACCAAAAGAAUUUUUGGAAACACCUACUUCUAUUCAAUGGUGUGGAAAGACUGGAAUUUUAAUUUUUGUUGUAAAAAAAGAAUUUUUUUAUGCUAAUAUUUUUGGUAAUUAUAAAGAUGAAAAAAUUUGUAUCUCUUUAAAAAAAGAUAUUAAAUCAAGAGAAGCAUCUCUUUUAAUUUAUCUUGAUGAUUUAAAUUUAAUAGGAUGUAUUCAAGGAUAUUCUAUUUAUUUUAUUAGUUCCAUUGAACCAUUUUCAAAUAAAACUAGAGAAAUAAAAUUUACAGAAGAAAUAAUUUAUGCAUUUUAUUCAAUGCCUUAUAUAAUGGUUGUAACAAAAAAUGGACGAUUAGAAAUUAGGUGUCUUCAGAGUUCUGUAGUUAUCCAAAGUAAGGUAAUGCCAACACGUAUUUUUAUUAUAUGUUCAAACAAACCUGGUAUAUGUUUAUGUGCAUCAAAUAAAUUUAUUUAUGAAUUAGAUGGUAGAAAAAAUUCAAUAAAGUCAAUUGAAAAACAUAAAAAUGAAAAAAAUUUUGAUUUAGCUGUAAAAUUAUGUGAUGUUUAUGGUAUAACAGAAAAUGAAAAAUUUGAAAUAAGGAGAGCUCAAGCAUUUGAAUAUUUUAAAUUAAAAGAUUUCAAAGAAUGUAUGAAAGUAGUUAAGAAUAUGAAUCUUGAGGUACUACAAUUGCUCCAAAUGUUCAUACGAUAUUUACCUUAUAAUGAUUAUCCUUAUGAAUUGAAUGAAAAUAAUGAUAUUGAUAAUACAAAUUUAAAAGAACCACUUGAUGGAGAAGAUUUAAAAAAACUUUUAAUUGAAUUAAUAGAUUAUUUAGUUGAUUUAAGGCAUAAAUAUCUUAAUGUUGUGUUAGCAUAUGAAAAUUACAAUGGAAAAUAUACAGAAGAAGAAUACCAACUUGCCAGAAGAUAUCUUGUAGUAGUUGAUACAUCAGUAGUUCAAUGUUACCUACAUUUAGAUUCAAUAAUGGUAAAAUCAUUUUUAAGAUCAAGAAAUUUUUGCAACUUUGAAUGUAUAGAAGAUUUGUUAAAAGAUUUAGAAAAAUAUGAUUUGUUAUAUUUACAUUAUAAAAAUGCAAAUAAACACGAUGAUGCUUUGACUGUUCUUCAACAUUUAUAUCAAAAAGAAGAAAGUGAUUUUAGUGAAAUUGAUACAAUGAUAGAAUAUUUAAAAGAACUUGGAAAUAAAGAAAUAGAAACAAUUUUAAAAUAUGCCAAAUGGGUUUUUUCUAUUGAUGAGAAGAAAGGUUUAGAAAUUUUUAUUGAUGAAACCAAUGAAUAUGAGGAAGUUAAGCUAUUUGAUAGAGCUAGAAUAAAUGAAUUUUUGACUGACUAUGAUAUUCGACUAAGUAUCCAAUAUUUAGAAUUCAUAAUUAAUGUAUGGAAUGAUGACAAUAUUACAUUUAGUGAAUAUCUUGGUUCUUUAUAUCGUCUUCGAAUAGAUGAACUUCGUAAAGAUUAUACUCAUAUAUGUAAAGAUGAUGAUAAAUUUAUUGUAGCUGGUGAGGAAGAAGGUGAGCUUGGAGAAUUAAGAAAAAAAUUUAUAAAAUUUUUAAAUGAAAAUAAUUUAUAUACACCAAGAAAAAUGUUAGACUUAUUAAAAUCUGACUAUUUUUAUGAAGAAAAAGCUAUUGUAUAUAGAAAAAUGAAAAAACAUAAAAACGCUUUAUGUAUUUAUAUUUCAAUUUUAAAAUUAUACGAUGAAGCUGAUAAAUAUUGUGAAAUGUAUUAUGAUCAAAAAGAUCUUGAUGAUAAGGAUCUUUUCAAUUUAUUAUUUGAAGGAUACUUGAAACCGUUUGAUCCAAGCAUUGUUGGUAUAUCUUCAGAUAGAGGAUUAAAAGGAACAAUAAAUAUUUUAAGAGGGCUAAAUGUUUUAGAAAAACAUGCAGAUAAAAUAAACAUAACAAAAGCGAUAUCAAUGAUUCCUGAUGAUAUUGAUGUAAAUAAAUUAAAUAAUGUCUUUACAGCUAUAAUAAAAUGUAAAAAUGAACAAUGUGAUGAUAUUGUUUUUGAAUCAGCAAUAACAAAAUCCUCCUACACUCAUUAUAGAGAGGAAUUGAAGAAACGUAAGAAAGUUCAUUUUAAAAUAGAAACUGGAACAAAAUGUUUUUCUUGUAACAAAGGGAUUAGAGAUAGUGCAUUUGUUGUUAAUGAAGAUGGAGGUAUUUAUGAUUAUGGAUGUUAUACUAAAUUAUCGUACAAUUUAGAUUAA